AUGAGUCUCAGAAACUCAAACCUUUGUAACACUUCAAAAUUCCUGGACUUAGCAAGGGGCAAUGUAGAGGAAGAUAUGCUUGAAGCACAACAAGACAGCAAACCAGAAGCCACACCGAAGAUAAUUGCCGAGCUUAGCGUUGACUAUGGACAGUACCAGAAUGCCCAUCAAGAAUCCAUUGUACUGGAAAUGAAUAUGAUCCACCAUGAAAAGGCCUGGCGAGAGAACAAUAGAGGACGCAACCACAAAAUUGCGUUUCUUCUCUUUCAGAUUGGACGAUUUGCUGACGAAAUACUGCAGCGACAGGAAGAGUACUAUUUCACUCACUAUGACGGUGCUUCUUUGGAAAAUAACUGUUGGCAUUCCAAACUCUCCUUUAGCCACAAGACUGAUACAACCAUCUUCCGAUACGCUGGGAGGAACAAAAAGCGACAAGAACCACUCGAAGUACGCAAAGAAAGGGGGGUAAUCAAGAGUCCACUCGCUCGUGUUCUCUAA